GGAAGCAGCGGAGAGGCGCGGAAGGGAAGAAGCCACACAAAGACUCGGCUGUACGCCGCCGGAUCAUGCAGUAUGGAAAAUUGUACAUUUGCAGAGUUCAAUCGCAUCGCAUUUUAUAGUACUUAUAUUAGACCAUGUUGUGAAUUGGCUCAUGCCAAAUUUGUAAAGUGUUCUUCAAAGACAUAUAAAUCAGGUGAUAUCUGCAAAAUAUGGUGUAGAAAGCCAGUUCGAGAAAUCAACAAAUAUUGUGAUAUAAUUAAAAUAUGUACCUUUAGGCCACUUUUAUUUGUGCCUGGAACUGAUGACACAAAGAAAUAUGAUCCCAGUGAUUGUCAGUUUGGUGAGCUAAAUUUGGAGAAACUGAAUCAAAUUGAGACAUUAGAAGAAGUUACUGAUAUAACCAAAAAGUUUGCGAAAGAUCAAUAUUUCAUCAAUGGCUUAUUGGAAAUUGGAACUCAAAUAGAUGCUAGAGCCUUCUGUGUUGACGAAGCUCUUGACUGGAUGAAAUAUGCAGAUGACAUUGGUAUUUUAUAUAAAUUAGAAAAACUUGGAGAUUUUUGCUGGCCUUUUCUAGAAAUUUUCUUUGCUGAAUACAAACAUCAUAUAAUUAAAGUUGUAUUGGAGGACUAUGAUUUAGUAGAAGCAUUUGAAUCUCAGUACUGUGAAAAUUGUAUAAAGAAAAGUGAGAGUAUGAAAAUGAGGGGGAAUGAAGCAUUUGCUGAAGAGAAGUUUGAUACUGCUGUCACGUCCUAUACAAAAGCUAUAGAGUUGUGGCCUGAAAAUCACCUUCUUUAUGGCAAUCGGGCCCUCUGUUUCCUUCGAACUGAACAGUAUAUUAAAGCCCUGUGGGAUGGGAAAAGAUCCAUUGUUUUGAAGCCCAAUUGGCCAAAGGGACACUAUCGAUUCUGUGAUGCUCUAUCACUCAUGGGGAAACUCAAAGAAGCAUUACAAGCCAAUGAGAGAGGUCAAGAGCUGUGCAGAGAUAAUCCUGAAGGAAUUAAGGAUCUUAUUCAGCAACAUGAGAAACUUAAAAUGCAAAUUGAAGAAAUUAGAGUUGUGAAGCAAAGUAAACACAGAAUGAAGAAACCAGUAUUUCAGAAAAUUUCUUCAGCAUCUGCUUCAGUCCACACCCAAGAAUCAAAGAAAUCUAACAAUGAAAAGAAAAAACAGUCUGACUCUCACCACCACCUUUGUCAGCAGAAGCAAACGAAGGUGGCUGCUAAUGCGCUAACUAAAGAUAAUAAAGAUCAGCUUUCAGAUUUUGCCUCAGUGCUGAAUGAAUAUGCAAGGAAACCAAGGAUCAAGAUGGGUGAUUCUGAGCGGACCAGAGACCCGCUGAACUCAAGAAUUGAUUCACAAAAAGAUCUAGACAAGCAAAAUAUUCCCUGUGGUACUAUACAACAGGCGGAUGUGUUACCUUCACUAGAAAUGUUGAAGACUUGUAUAAAAAAUGCAUGCUCAUCUUUGAUGGAUCAACGUUUUCACAGUGCUGAACAAUCUUUUGCACUGUUACUGAAUACUCUAGAUCCAUCCCAACUACAGCAACUGAACCUUGCCGUUGUUGACUACGUUGUAAUCAUCUAUGGAUACGCCACUGCUCUCCUCGGAAUAGGGCAGGUUGAGGAACUAACCAAAGCCAAAGACCAUUUUAAUAGCAUAAUUGAACAGUAUCAGAAAGUGAGAUUUGACUGCUUAGCACAUUAUGGAAUUGGAAAGGUAUAUUUGAGGCAAAAUAGGUUUUUAGAAGCUCUAGACCAAUUCUUGAAAUCAAAGACCAUGGUUAGUCAUAGAAUUGUGCCUGGUAUAUUGACAUGGCCCACAACUUCAGUAGUUAUUGAAGAGACAAGGACAGAGAACUUACAAGUAAUAUUGGAACGUUGUAUUGAAGAAUGCAAGUUUCCUCCAAAUCCAGAUGCCGUUUGUCGCUACCAGCAGUGUCAAGCACAUAAAAUCAAAAUAUAUUUUAGCGACCCACAUUUCAAGGGUUUUAUACGUGUUGCUUGCUGUGAACAAUGUAUAGUGGAGUUUCAUGUCAACUGUUGGAAGAAGCUGAAAGCAACAAGAUAUAGCGAUAAAAAUGACAAGGAUAUUCUUCAAGAGUUAUGUUUCACUCCAGAUUGUAGAGGCCUCAUUUCCAAAAUUGUUGUCUUCAGCUCAUGUGGCAUUGUCAAAUGUGAGUUUGAACAUAAGGUAAAAAACAAGAAUCCUCCAAAGCCCAUUGUCAAACAGAAAUGUUCAAGUUCUAGGAACCUACAAGCAAAACAAGAGAGAAAAUUAAGGAGAAGAUUUAUGAAAGAAGCAGCCACAUUGACAGACCUUUCAGAAAUAUUUCACAGAGAAAACUGUGUGGCAAAAGAUGAUUGUCAUAAAGGAAAUGUUCAGAAGAGAUAUUUUGGUGGAGAUACAGUCCUGCAGGUUAUUGUACAACAUGCUGCCAUCAUACAGGGAGGUGUACAUGACGUCUUUAAACUUCUUAAUGAGUUGAUUUCAUGGUGGGUACUUAGCGAAGAGGAUUAUGCACGGUUUUCUUCAAGUUGUACAUUGUCCACUGAAGUAAUGGAACAGAUCAUAAACUUCUUAAUCGCUAAAAAUGAUAGAGUGAAGACAAGAAUUUUUGUUCACAUUUUAAGUGAGCUUGAAGAAGUGGAACCUAAACUACAUGAUUGGAUGAAACAUCUUGACAAUAAUGGUUUAAAAGCUACAAAAUUAUUUGUUGCUGAGCAUGUAACUUGCUUUCUAGAGCUUGAUCUUAGUUUAAUCGCAGUUCUCUGGAAUGAGAAAUAUGGUAUUAAACAAGGCAGGAUGUUUACCUGCACAUCUGAAGAUAUGUUUGAAAUACUAGACUACUUUGCAGAGCUGUCAUUUGAGGAAAUUCGUUGUUUUCUGUGGAUGUUAGAAGAAAACAGAGAGAAUUUCCCGUUUCUUCAUCAAUUCUUAGAUGACUAUUUUGAUAACAUGGAUAACCCUUUCACCAUAAUAACAAGGGAGGAAAAUGAAGAUAUUCCAAAUAAUGCUAUCAAAGUUAAAAACAGAAACCGAAAGAAGGCAAAGGGAUCAAAGGCUAUUUUAGUUGUGUCUGGUGGAGUUAGUACAGUAACCCGAGAGGAAGACAAUAUAUUUUCAGAGGAAAACACAUUAAGUUUUAUGAAUCCACAUGAGCCUUUCAGAAUCCCAGAUGGUCUUCAUGAACAAGUGGAGAUAUUUGAAGCUUUGUAUAAUAAUGUUCCUUCCAGUAACAAUUAUCAGAGAAUUUUGGACAAUUACCCAGACCCAACUUGUGAAAGCUUAUAUGACUAUUUUUCUCAAAUCUUGGAAGAACAUGGUCCUAUGGAAAUAGAUAAUCAACUGUUAGUGGGAGAAUAUGAACACUUUCCUGAAGACACUCGAAAGAUUGUGGAGGAUGCCGGUGGCCUGGAAUCUUUUUUGUUGGAAUCUCUGCGUUUUGUUAUGAUGGGUGAUCUUAUUGGCUUGAUGAAACAUGCAGUUAUGCUGAAGGAAAAUGCAGAAGUCAUCGAAGAAGAAAUUUACUCAUCCUGCCUACAUAGUCAGGAAAAUAAUUCUCAAAAUAAACCACGUUUAAACCCAGCUGCUAAGGAAUUCAAGCCCACCUCCUACAUUAAUAAACCUUACGUGCCCAUAUCUUCUAAUACAGCAGUAGCCAGCGAUACUCCAGAAUAUAUGACUACUAGCCGCUCUUCUUUUAGUCCUUUUGUUUCCAAAUGUUCGUUUUCAGGCCAGACAACUGACACGGUAACAAUACCCUUACCUUCAACUAUACCUGACAACCAACCUGUAUUUCUCAAUGAAAUUUCGUCAGCGUAUCAGAAUGAGAGAACGUUUCCAGGGCUUACUCAAAUACCACUUAUGCCAGAUAUUUCGGAGAAAUCUAAACAUAUAUAUGCGGAUUGUAAUGCUUACCUUGAUAUUGAUCCAGGAGUGAUAUCAGACUGCAAAUACAACUUUGGUAAUCUUGCAGCAAGCGAUGAAGUGCAAAUGUUCCAGAACUCUCCGUGUGUGUCAGUGAAGUCCAGCGUUCACCCUGGUGAAAAUAAACCUGAUUGGGUGGAGAAUCAUAGUAUCGAAGCUGAAUGUAGCUCUGUUACCAAAAUAGAAAUUGAGAAUAAGUCUGUAGCAAGAAACAAUCCCCGUUCAAGAAUGAUCGCUGUUCAGGUAGAUCAAGAACUAACAGAUGAAGGAGUCAAUACAUUGCCUCUUCAGCCAUAUGAAACUCAACAAGGAGAUCUGUUACGUAUGGAAAAAGAGCAUCAGGUACUACAAGAACAACUUAAAGAAGCAAGUGAAAAAUCGGAACAACUUCAAACUCGAAGCUCCAUAGAUAUGAGUGUUUUAGAAGAAGAAUUAUUACUUCUUAUUGAAGGAAACAAGCUCACCAAGAGAGAACUGGAUUGGUUUCACCAAGACGUAGAUAUGGAGAUGAAAAGAUGGCAACAGGAGAAAAAAGAAAAUCAAGAGGGAUUAAAAGUAGGAAAGAAUAAAGUAAGGAAGUUAACAGAAACCAAUGAAAUAUACAUGAAAAAUAUUGAUGAGAAGAAUAAGCACUACAAACGAUUUUUGGAUGACUUCCUUGAGAUCAGUAAUAAGUCUGAAAAUGAAAAAGUAAAAAUGGAGGAACUGAUAAAGAAGAGCCACAACGACCACCAGGAGUGUGUUAAGCGAGCUAUUGCAGCAGAGGUGUCAGUGCUUGAAAACUGGAAAGAGACUGAAUUAUUUAAAUUACACAGAAGAGCAACAAAUGCAGAAGCCAAUCUAAAAUACCUUAAGUUCAUGACCAGUCGUUCCACAGUACCUCAAUCAAAAUUACAAAUUGAUUCUUGGGAGUCCUUUAUUUCCAACAUCAAGGAAGAAAUCGGAAAAGCAGAGAGAGAGUUUGAAGAAAGAAUUUGUAUGGUGAAAAAUGGUGCCUUUCUCAGUAGUAUAUCCCCAGUAGAAAUUGCAGAAAUUCAGCCUCCUACUGAUCUAUCAGCAGCGCAUGAGAGGCCUCCUAUUAACGAUCCAGCCAUCGUGAUGUGUUCGGCUGCAGCGCCGCACCUGCCCUCCAGCUUGUUUGCUCCGUUUUCAAGUGUUAAUGAUAACAGUCCUCUGCACUCCACAUUUAACAUGCAUAGUGGAAAUAAAAUGUCUAGUAAAGGUCCUAGGCCCUCUUCUGCCAAUAAAGAUUUGGGAGAAGCACCCCCUGAAUUCAGAGGAAACGUGCUUUCUGAUCAAGUAUGUCUACCCCGGCCACCCAGGAACUCCAAAACACCUAUUCAGGAUAUCCAGCUACAACACAGCACUCUGGAAGAGCCAGCAGCAGCUGCCUGGUUGGACCAUGUUAAAGCCAUAAGGAAACUACCACUUCCAAAAGCAUCUAUCAUUGACCAACUUAGAACUAUAUUUCCACACCAUACAAGGGCAGAUUUAGAGAAUUUCAUAAAAGAAGUGAAAGUCAAGAAUAAAAACAAGCUGAGCACAGAUGAGCUCCUUAGCAGGGUAACAGAAUUUAUUCUGGAUCAUCCAAACAAGAAAAAGGUUCUUCCCUCUUCAGGGAAAAUUGAGAAGCCAUCUCCCAGUGCUUCAGCACAGAGUGGAAGUCAGACUUUAAAAACAUUGAAGCUGUCAGGACAAACGGUGCUUAAGCUAUCUAAGUCUAGACUUGCUAAUGAAAACACAAUAAAAACAACCCUCCCAUCUCAAUCGAUUCAGGCGCCUUGGAAAGCUGUUGGAGGAACAUCGAAAUCGAACUGGAAGAAAUCAAGUGAUGCCACUGAUAAUGAUACCUGUGUAAUAUGUUACGAGGAACUAAGUUCAGCAGUGUUGCAUGUGCUGGACUGUGGUCACAGAUUUCACAAAAUGUGUAUUGGGACAUGGAUUAAAGAGCAUAGUACAUGCCCAACGUGUCGUCAUCAUGUUCUUUUACCCGAAGAUUAUCCUGAACUUCCUGGGCGGAACAGAACCACUUAGGUGUUAUAUGUGAUUAACAAGAAUAAGUGAUUCAAAUUAUUUAGAAUCAUGAUAAUGAAGAUGUAUGUGUAGUCUGCUCCUUCUAUUUAUGGAGUAUUGCAUGUUACAGUAAGUGAUCCUUUUGAGAAAAAGGCAGGCUGGAUAAAUUACAAAUCCUACCAUUUUUCCUGAUCAGCUAGUCAAAUGACUUGUUUACUUGGGCCACCUCCAGCUAGUGGAUUUUGAAUUAUUUGUAUUCUCUUCACAGUAGUAAUCUGGUUUAUAGAAAUAUGCAAUAGGCAGUUUUGUUACAUUGCAGCAAAAUAGAUAGAAACUGUAAGCCUUGACUAUCGGCAUAAUAAAUGUUAUUCCUUUAAAUAAAAAAUAUAUUAAUAAAAAUUUUAAUGAUGAAACAA